UUAGUGUUUAGUGAAAGAGAAAUGUCGAAAAUUUGUAACGUUAUAUGCAUCAAUUUUUCAAAGUUAUUUUUUCGAAAGGACGGAGUUAUGACAUAAUAAUUAAAAUACUGUAAGAAAAGUGAUAUUUAAGAAUUUCGUUUCACACAUAAAAUGGCGACCUGGAUCAACAUAACUUCAAAACUGGAGCAAGGUUUAAGGAUAGUAACCAGAGUGGAUAAUAGCAAAUUCCGACUUCUUGUCAAUCGUAUAUGCCGGACUCUGCAGUCGAGCGUAGACACAAAGGUGUUCAAUGAGGAGGAAGAGGAAAAGCUGCUAGUUUCCUUAGAUCUGACGAAAGAUGAAUUGGCUCUUCUACUGGAUACCGUUACAUCUACCUAUACGCAGGCUGCAUGUAGCACAGUCAAACCAUCUGUCAUGGAAGCAGUCAUGAAAGACAGUUUUAAAUUAGAUGAAGAAAAGAUAUCCAUCUUUACAAAUGCCUGGAUGACUUAUGGAAAAGGCAUUGUAGAGAACCUUAGACAACAAUCUAUUUUUCCUACUCAGGUGAAAGAUAUCAACUGGUGCCUAAAUGUGCAAUCAUCGUCGUCUACAAUUUCUAAAGAUGCACGACCUGUAGCAUUACUCCAACUUGGUCUGACUGGUGAUAAGACAUCUACGUUAACAGUGGAAUUUGAUAAAAAGCAAUUGACAGAGCUUUAUUAUAAUUUAGAGAAAAUUCAAUCUCAGCUAGAUUUUCUUAAAUAAUAGGAUUAAUGUAAAUAUUAUAUACAUAUAUUCUUUAUUUACUUGAGCACCUAAUAAUUAUAAUUUAUUGUAUAAAAAUAUUUUUCAAAGCUUUUUUAUAUGUGAUUAUAACAUCAACAAGUGUUAUUUCUAACUCUAUAUAUUUUUUAAAUAAAUUAAAGUUAGAAAUAA